GGCUGGUUGUGAUGCACGCUGCACAAGAGCCAGGAUCCGCACACACACACACAUGCACACACACACACACGCAGGCGGUGUGCAGGCGGUGAUCCGAGCCGAAAAUGAGACGGAAAGCUAACAGACGUACGUUGCAUGAGCAGAAGGAGGAUCUACGGAAGCAGCUCUCCUGCACAACCCACAAGCUGGAGAUGUUGGAGAACGAGUUUGAAUCCACCAGGCAGUACCUGGAGACCGAGCUCCGCCGGGCGCAGGAGGAGCUGGAGAAGUUCACCGACAAGCUGCGCAGGAUACAGAGCAGCUACGCAGCACUGCAGAGGAUCAACCAGGAACUGGAGGACAAGAUCCAGCAAGCGACGCAGCACCAUGAGGAGGAGAAAAGGGCGAUGAGUCGAGAGAUCAUCGUACUCAAUAACCACCUGAUGGAAGCCAAGAUCACCAUUGAAAAACUACGAGAAGACAAUGAGCUGUACAGAAAGGACUGCAAGCUCGCCGCUCAGCUCCUACAGUGUGGAAAAUCCCAUUACAGAGCACACAAGCUGUCUGAGCUGCCCGUUGACCGUCAAGACAAGGGAAGUCCCCACACUGAGAACAAGGAUCUUGAUAGACGCAUGGGUCCUUGCAACUUCUCCUAUCCGGAUGCAGGACCCAGCUUGGUAUUUACAAAGGUGUCGCCAAAGCCAGAGCCAGGUAGUAGCUGUCCAGUCACGCGAUCGCCAAGCCCACAGCCUCCAGACCCAGAUUACCUGGCAAACAAAGACAUGAGCAGUGGGGACACACUGCAACGGCGUGUGGUCUACAAAUCUUUGGACCUGUACAGUAGCGAUACGGCGCUUUAUUGCCCCACCGAGGAAAGACGACGGGACCGUUGGCAAGAGCGUAGACAGAGCGCAGACCUCCAGGGCAAAGCGGCCAACCCUCUCCAAGCCCAGAACUCCACUGACAGCAACCCUGGAGAGGACAACUUCUACCCUAGCUUUGCCCAGAACACACUUCUCCCUGGAUUUGCAGCAGGGUCCACAAGAGCCUCCAGCUCUUACUCCAGCUUUAGCGCUGCUUCGGAUGACAAGGGCCACAUUCCCAGCAGCACCCUCUCCUCCUCUCACCUGGCUCUAUAUAUGGACUGGCCGGAGGGUGACUACGAGCAGAAGAGUCUAUCCUCCUAUGGUAAGGAGAGUCCCAGGGUUCCCAAGUCGCAUAGCUUUCAGCACAUGACCUCCAGCCCAGAAAAGGACAACUUUCCUGUCUAUUCCCGGACUGCAUCCUGCUACAGCGAGCCGUACCAAAGCAUGGGCUCCUCGGGCGUGCCGAGAGACAGCGCUAGCAGCAUCCACUUUUCCGAGGAGGAGCUGACAGGCCGCUGGAGGCGGAUGAGCGUGGAGGACGUCAACGCCUUUUCAUAUCGCAAGCCAGGCCGAGCUUCUCCUCACAGUUUUUCUGAGCAGCACUUUGCAACGGGCCCUUGCAAGAUUAAGCUGGGACCCCUAUACAGCAGCUUCCAGGAAGGUGAGGAGGUCUUUCAAACACCCAUGCUGGAUGCCCGUUUCCUUAAUUCGUCCAACUCCAGCCUGGCACCGAGUCCCAACCACAACGCGGCUGUGGGUAAGACCAAAAAAGGGCCAAUGUACCCGUCAAUGUCUAACAGCCAGGACUCAAGAGGAAGCUUCUUCCAUGCUGGAGGCUCAAAGGACAACGAGAGCACUGUGGGUAAGGUGAACAAAGAAUACGUAGAUGUAAGCCCUAUCAGCUCAGCUGAAUCCUUACACCAAAGUCCGCUCGAGGCUUCCAACAUGCAGCACUACCAGCUUCACAGUCCAGGGCCACAAAGGAAGACCUCUGAACAGCACCAAAAAUUCGGAAGCACAGGACUCAGUAGAAAGGACAGUCUGACAAAAGCACAGCUGUAUGGAACGCUGCUCAAUUAAAAUAAGCUGCCUGAGACUUAGCAUGUACCACUGGUCUAACAGCUGGCAGUUAGAAAGCUUGACUUUUUACCGUGACAUUCGGCCUUUCUGAUUACAAUAAAGGGGUUGAGAGUUUUUAAGCAUUUAGCAUU